AUGGUUUUUCUGACAACUAAAAUGAUGCAAAGGACUGCACUUUUUGUGACUUUUGGAGGCUUAGUCACAUCCUUGAUCACCACCUUUCUGCCCCUGUGGAAGACAAUGAACUCUGAACUCAAUGAAGUGGAAAACUGGUACUCUGGGUUGUGGCACGCCUGCCUCUACACAGAGGAGGUAGGAAUUCAGUGUAAGGCCUACGAUUCGGUCCUGGGACUGCCGCUGGAUCUGCAGAUUUCCAGGGUGCUCAUGUUGAUGUCUGAUGGCACUGGAGGUUUAGCUGUGUUGGCUGCUUUCCCAGGUCUAGAGGGGGUUGAGAUAUGCGUGGGGAUGCCUGGUGUAAAGAGAAAGCUCCUCAUCUUCGGAGGAGUUCUGUCCUGGUUGUCAGGAAUCACGACUCUGGCUCCUGUCUCUAUUGUGGCAUACACAACCGUGGUGGAGUUCUGGGAUGAAGGAUUCCCUGAUGUAAUGCCUCGGUGGGAGUAUGGAGAGGCGAUGUUUUCUGGAUGGUUUGGAGGUUUGGCACUGCUCAUUGGAGGGACCCUUUUCUUUGUGGCUGUGUGCAUGGGGGACUAUGACCAGCGACCACUAAGUACGCCAAACAGUCCACAGCUGAAGCGUGGAGCAAAGCAUUACCUGAAGACAGAGGUUGUAUAG